UUGAAUCUUUGGAGUUUGUGGCUUUCGCCUUUCCUUAUUAACCCAGCGUGGGGUUUUUUUCUUUACAGUUGUACAACUGCAAACACACAGAUACCUCAGGGGCACUUGAUAUAAGUUGCUUAUGGAAGAAUGAUCAAAGAUUUCAAAUGAGGAGAGAGAAUAAUUAGCCACUGGAACCACGGAUGUGUCCAGCGACCUGGGGCCACUGAGCCGACACAAGACAGAUGACUGAGCACUGUGAUCACUAGAGGCUUGUAAACAUGCAAGGAAAUAAGCUCAGCUACCAAAACUCUGCCCAAGAAUGCACCACAAUGAGGGCAAAAAAAAUGCGGAAGAGAUUUCUCCACAAGGAUGGCAGCUGCAAUGUGUAUUUCAAACACAUCUUUGGAGAAUGGGAGAGCUACGUGGCUGAUAUAUUCACCACAUUAGUGGACAUCAAAUGGCGCCAUAUGUUUGUGAUAUUCUCUUUAUCUUACAUUCUUUCUUGGCUGUUCUUCGGCUUGGUCUUUUGGCUUAUAGCAAUCCAACAUGGAGAUUUAGUACAUGAUGAAGAAAUGACCCCUUGUGUUGAUAAGGUGCAUAGCUUCACAGGAGCAUUCUUAUUCUCACUUGAAACCCAGACAACCAUAGGCUAUGGCUUUCGUUGUGUCACUGAAGAGUGCUCUGUAGCGAUCCUCAUGGUGGUCCUACAGUCAGUAUUAAGCUGUAUUAUUGACACAUUCAUUAUUGGAGCUGCCUUGGCUAAAAUGGCCACAGCUCGAAAGAGAGCACAGACCAUCCGCUUCAGCUACUAUGCCACUGUAGGCCUAAGAGAUGACAAACUCUGCCUUAUGUGGCGCAUUGGUGAUUUCCGGCCAAACCACAUGGUUGAAGGCACAGUAAGAGCUCAGCUUCUGCGCUACAUGGAAGAUAAGGAAGGGAGAAUGACAAUGGAAUACAAGGACUUGAAGUUACUAAAUUACCAGGUCAUACUUGUUACACCAGUGACCAUCGUACAUGAAAUUGACCAUGACAGCCCUUUAUACGGUCUAGAUCGGAAAGCUUUGUCCAAAGACAGUUUUGAAAUCUUGGUUACAUUUGUCUACACUGGGGAUUCAACUGGAACUUCACACCAGUCGAGAAGUUCAUACGUCCCCCGAGAAAUCCUUUGGGGACACAGGUUCAACAAUGUCUUGCAGGUGAGGAAAAAAUACUACAACGUGGAUUGCCUACAGUUUGAGGAAACCACAGAAAUUUAUGCUCCCUAUUGCAGUGCAAAGCUUCUGGAUAGGAAGGAACAUGAAUGGAACAGAACUAAGAAAACAUUGGACAGAGGAACAAGUACAUCAACACUGGAGGUCAGAGAUACAUCGUUUAAGGCAGUUGCCCUCAUCAGCAGUUCUGAAGAUCCAGAAGAUCUAAUGAAAGCUGUCAAACAAGAUUCUAGAGAACUUCCUCAUCAGAAAGAUCCAUUGACCUUAAAUAAAAUCUUAGCAAAGUCCAAGAUCUAGCUCUUCAUUGCAAUUAAAAUUACUGCCCCAACUGUUCCCUAAGCAGCCUGUAAAAUAUAAGCACUGUUGAACUCCAUACACAAAAGUAUUUACAUAAUAAAUCUAAUUCUAAGUGUAUUAGAGAAUGAAAACAAUAUAAUGUACCCUGUAAGUAGAUUUUUCAAAGCUACCUAAUUUAUGUGGAUGGCCAAUUCCCAAAUUAAUGGGAUCUGGGUAUCCAUCAUCUCACUGUGGCUUUGAAAAUCCCAAACAAUUUCUCCAUUCAAAACCUGAACAUAUAUUGUAUUUUGAAUCUCAAAAUUGUAGAUGAAAUUUUUUUGCAGAUUCUUUUUGAAAAUGUUUGGGAAAUUUGGUUGUUUUGAAAUCAGCAUAUAUAGUGGUAGAAUCUUUUGAAAAUUCAUGUUUUUGAAGACAAAAUCCAUAAUAUGGUAAUGAGAACAGAUCUGUAAUAUGGUCACAGUGAUGAACUCUGACAAGAUUCUUUGCAAAGCUCAGGAAGUGAAACCCAGGAGCUGUAACAUAAAACAAUAUUGCUGCCUUGCUUUUGUUAUUUGUUCCCCCUUUAUCUGAUCACUUUGGUAUUCUGGAUCCUAUUCUGAACCCUUAAUACAGAUUCCCAAAUUAAUCUGGUUUUCAUAGCAGUCCACCUGUAAUCUCCUCUGCAUUAUCUACAGUGAACAUCUGUUACAAUUAAUACAGUUCCUUGCAUGGAACACUUUUCCAACAAGAAAAGGUGUCUCUGGAAACAGAACUAUUGAACUGAUGAUGAUGGGCGAUUACUUGUUACCGGGUAUGAUCAUCUUCCAUGGGAGUUAUGGGUCCUCAGGUGGCUAAUAAGGCCAAUCCUUGAACCACAAGUUCUAUUACGAUGAGGGCAGAUGUUUUCAGGCUCAGCAGGAGGCUGUGGAUCAUGACCAACUGGCUGUUGACUGGAAGCCAGUCUCUCCUUCCUCCUGCGCCUCUUGUCCUCUUCAGCUUGUUGGCGAGGAAGUUCAAAAUGCAGGGGAACAUCACAUAGGACUUCACUCCAUUUUAAGCGAUCCUGGACAAGUGUCUCCCAAGUGUCAAUGUCGAUAUUACACUUUUUUAGGUUGUCCUUCAGCAAGUUCUUAUAACACUUCAGUUGUCCACCCACAUCACGGUGCCCCUCUUUCAGCUGAGGGAACAGGACCUGUUUUGGGAGGCAAUGGUCUAGCAUACAGAUAACGUGACCAGUCCAGCGAAAUUGCUGAUGGAUGAUCAUUGCCUCGAUACUGGUACUGAUACUCCAGAACACUAAUAUUGGUGUGCCUGUCUUCCCAUUUGAUCUUCAGAAUCUUACAAAGAGAGUGUUGAUGGUGCCUCUCAAGGACUUUCAAGUGGUGUCUCUAGGUUGUCCAAGUUUCGACCCCAUACAACAGUGUUGGGAGAAUAACGGCUUGAUAAACAAGAAGCUUGGUGAACUAUUGAACUAUGCACUUUGCAAAUGCAUUAAACCCAUUUGGGGAUUUUUCAUUCUCUAUCACCAAUUGCUGGUCUGGCAAACACCUAAAUGAGUAGAUUUACUCAUGUAAUAAACAACAUGUGUGAGUAA